GCUGCUGCUUACGGUUGAGAGAACCCCUUUUUUGAAAAUGGAGAAAUCGGCCUCCACCGCAACUCCUCCUCCGCCUCCUCCUUCCGCCACUUCUUCUCAUCCGCUUCCUACAGCCGCACCAGAUCAGAGAUCUUCGCCGGCGAUGGACUUGGAUACUCCGCCGGUUCCGACUCGGCCACAUGUAGGAGGAGCGCAGGUGGCUCCGUCAGAUCCGUCGGCAAGGGGAAGAAAGAGGGGGCUGGAAGGGAAUCUCAAGAUGGAGAACUCCAACUACUACAAGAUGCGUCUCCUUGUCAAGGAUCUUCGCCCUCAUGUUCUCGAGGUACUACGAACUCCCGACUUCAGAAACUGCAAGGCAGCAUUCGAAAUUCAAGAGAAGAUGAAGCUUCUGGUUCAACUGCACCGAGAGAUGAUUGGACAAACACCCAAACUUGAGAAAUCAAUUAAAACCGAGUCCUUAUCCAACGGAAAGGCACUCAAUCAAACACCUGAGGCAAGCUCUGUUGUUGGUGACAACAAGGUCGUUGGAGGGUCUGCUUUUGGCUGGAACUUCGUCACUUAUGGUGGCACAGAUGCUGUUUACUGUGGACUUUCCAAGGAAGAAUACAGAACCUCUCACCCUAUUAUUCAACCUGACGCAGAGGUAGAGGCUCAACACCACAACACCCAAUUAUAAAGGUUUCUGUUGGCCUUCCUGCUGUUAAUGUUGUUUGUUUAAAUAUUUACAUGCACUUUUGUCUCAUUAUGUUGUAUCAACUGAAAACCAAUGGGAGUAGCUUCUACUCUUACCAUGAAUGUUUAAUUAGUACACAAUGUUUAACA